GCACAUUGCUCGUGGACUCGCUCAUCCGCGAGUGCAAGUGCGACUUGUCGAGUGACGAGUUCCUCAAGGCGAUGCGCUACGCCGGCCCCCUCGUGACCGUUCGUCGCCCAACUCUAGAGGAGUCGGUCUUCGACGCUCCUCCGGGCUACUUCGCCAUCCAUCUCAAGUCCCUUGAGAGCGGCUUCCGCUUCCCCUUGGAGACUUUGGUCACCGACUUUUUCAAGUACUUUGACUUCCUCCCGUGUCAAUUGGUGCCGAACUCGCACCGGUACUUGGCGGGGUUCUUGAUUCGCUGUCGGGAGAUGGGCGUGCGGGCCGACCUUGAACGCCUACUCACCUUGUUCCGAGUGGCGAAGUCUUCCGGGUCGGAUGGGGGUUCUUUUGCCGCCCUCUACCAGCGGCAAGAGAGACUUUUUAGAACGAAGAAGGAAUCCAACAGGACUUGGAAGUCCAAGUUUGUUUUCGUCUCCGUGGGGGCGGCCUCCCCCUUCCGAGACACUCCCCUCAGCUCUUUUUGUAGACGGUCCAAACCCUUUGCCUCUUCCAAGGCUAUUGCUGACACGGACAAGUUGUGUUCGGGCGGCCCUUACGAGCUCGGGGUCUUAGUGAACGACGAAGCUCUCGCCAAGCUCGGGUUCGUCUUCCAUGAUGAAGACGAGCCCAAGCGCCGGGUCGUCCAGAGUCAGCUUGAGGAGGGGCCAUCAGCGUGUUCGGCAUGGAGACCGGGCGGAGCUUUGCCACCUCCGGCGCCGGGCACGUUCCCACCCAUAGCGGAAAGUGCCGCAACGGCUGCCUGGAGCUGCUCCGCGGUCACCCCCAAGCCGAACAGCGCUUGGACCGCGUCUGGAGUCGAGCCGAUACCUCCCGUGCCGUUGCCGCUUCCCGGCGCGUUCUCCUCGCCAACGACGUGGCUGGUGGUGGGGACGUUGCUCCUUGUUUGCACCAUUCUCGCGUUCGGGAGUUAACCUACGAGUAUGUUCCUCUCCUCUCAACGAGAGCACCAAUUUGAUGGCUAUAAACCACCGAGAGUAUGAAAUAAUAUAAAGUUUUAGAG